AUGUCGUCACAUUCAUUGGCUGAUGGUUUGAAAAGUGUUGUUCCGGAAAUAACGUUACUGGUCAAUACUGCACCACCUGAUGCAUUUGAUGUUGUCAUCCAAUUUUUAUCAGCAGAGAAUCUACCUAAAAUGGAUCCCAUCGGGCGUGGUGAUCCAUAUUUUAUUGCAAAAAUCGAUGAUCACAUAACUUAUACAUCAUCGAUUUUACCUAAUACGUCAUCACCGAAGUGGGAAAACGAAGAAUGGAUUGUUCGAAAUGUUCCAGCAACUGCCAGACUUUCUGUUACCCUAUUCGAUAAAGAUGAUGACGAACCAAUCGACGACUAUAUCGGUCAAUUUGAAAUACUCAACAUAACGAAUUAUCAUCCUCCACCGUCUGGUCAUGAUAUUUUGAGUUUAACAGGAAAUAAACACGGCCAAUUCCAUUUAUCCAUUCAAUCGAUCCAGUCGUCAGACGAAACAAAACAUCUUCCUCGCUACACUUUCGACGGGCCUUGCCGAUAUUUUCGUCACGAUUCCUUCGUCGUCGGACGACUUACAAUGCUCGACGCAGACUGUGUUUAUUCAACAUGGAAGAUACCCAUACGACGCAUCUCCGUUUUCUUUCCACCUUAUCAAAAGCAACAUUGGAACAAGCACUACAAAGCAGCUCAGCUCAUCUUUGGCAAAUGUCCAGCUUCGCUUGUCUCUAAGACUACCCUCAAAAUCACACACAAAGCACUGUACGCUCGAACGGUCAAACACAGCGAAAAUGGUAGGUUGAACAGUGCUGAUGAUCUCUGGAAGUACGUCUUCGCGCACAAAACAACGAAACAAAUCAAACCAUGCAUUUACACCUAUAUCAUCGACAACUAUACGUGGAGAUUCAGUGAAACCGGUCGUCAAUUCUUCGCUGAUUUUGCAAGUAAACACGCGUUGCUAGCAAAUGGUAGUGAGUAUGUUCGGUAUGCAGGUGAAUUUCAUGUACGACCGAAGAAAGGUUGGGAUCAUUGGAAUGCUUAUGAUACGAGUAAUGAUAGCUGGGAGAUCGUCAUGGAUAAUGGGUCGGGAACGUAUACGCCAAGCAGUGAUUUGUUGAAGAAUCUCAAAGAAUUAUUCUUAUUCAAUUUUCCUGGCUUGAAUAUUGUCACAUGUGAUUUCAAAGAUCCGAAACUGAAAGAAAGUGAAGAACAGUUAAAAGCGGCAAUCGAGAAUUAUAAAGAUAGUUCGACAACCAUCGACGAAUUGGCUUUGCCUCCAGUAAUAAUCGAAAGAUUGUAG